AUGUCUAACGAAGAGAAGAUGCGGUCCUCUGUGGACGCUGCCCGCGACCCAGCCGCGCCAGUGCUCCCCACCGUGAACCCAGAGGCCCAGAAGUCUGCGCCUGAGCCCGCCUCCUUUCAUCCCGCUGUAUACAUUGCGACAUGGAUUACCCUCAGUUCGAGCACCAUCGUCUUCAACAAGUACAUCCUCGAUACUGCCAAGUUCCACUUUCCCAUCGCCCUCACAACAUGGCAUUUGGUCUUUGCCACCGUUAUGACCCAAGGUCUCGCCCGCUUUACCACCAUCCUCGACUCUAGAAAGAAGGUGCCCAUGACGGGCCGCGUAUACCUCCGAGCCAUCGUCCCAAUCGGUCUGUUCUUCAGCUUGAGCUUGAUUUGCGGUAACCAGGCAUAUCUGCAUUUGAGUGUGGCUUUCAUCCAGAUGCUCAAGGCCACCAUGCCGGUCUGGGUUCUCCUCACCACUGCGGUCAUGGGUGUCGCUCCCCUGAACAUGACGGUUCUCGGAAAUGUCUCGUUCAUCGUCAUUGGUGUUGUGAUCGCGUCGUUUGGUGAGAUCCAGUUUGUCAUGACUGGUUUCAUCUGGCAAGUUGGUGGACUGGCUUUCGAGGCUAUCCGCCUAGUCAUGGUUCAGCGCUUGCUCAGCUCCGCCGAGUUCAAGAUGGACCCCCUCGUCUCGCUUUACUACUACGCACCUGCCUGCGCCUGCAUGAAUGGCUUCGUUUUGCUGUUCACCGAGCUGCCUUCCCUGACCAUGGAGGACAUCUACCGCGUCGGAGGGCUCACUCUGUUCUCUAACGCACUCGUCGCUUUCCUGCUGAACGUGUCCGUUGUGUUCCUGAUCGGCAAGACUUCAUCGCUCGUGCUCACCCUCUCUGGUGUGCUCAAGGACAUUCUCCUUGUCUUUGCGUCCAUGUUCCUGUUCAAGGACCCCGUCUCGCUCCUCCAGGCUUUCGGCUACACCAUUGCGCUCGGCGGCCUGAUCUACUACAAGCUCGGCGCCGAGAAGUUGAAGGAGUACCUCGGACAGGGCGGCAUGAAGUGGCAAGAACUCGGCCAUACGCGCCCCGUGCUCCGCAAGUUGAUGAUCUUCGCGGCUGUCAUCAUGUCCAUGUUCAUGAUCCUUGGAUCUCUUGGGCCCCGCUACGCACCCGACCAGACUGCCAAGGCCUACAAUGGUAUUGGCAAGCUCAUCGGUGAGAAAGGUGUAUGA